AUGGAAGGGACUCAAGCAAAGGAGGAAACCCUACCACCAGGAUUUCGGUUUCAUCCAACCGAUGAAGAACUCAUCUCUUACUAUCUCACAAACAAGAUAUCGGAUUCUAAUUUUACAGGCAAAGCAAUAGCUGAUGUAGAUCUCAACAAAUGUGAACCAUGGGAGCUACCAGGGAAAGCAAAGAUGGGACAAAAAGAAUGGUACUUCUUCAGUUUAAGAGAUCGUAAAUACCCAACGGGUGUAAGAACCAAUCGAGCAACGAACACUGGAUACUGGAAAACCACAGGGAAAGACAAAGAGAUACUCAACAGUGUUACGUCGGAGUUGGUUGGUAUGAAGAAGACUUUGGUGUUCUACAAAGGCAGGGCUCCCAGAGGAGAGAAAACCAAUUGGGUCAUGCAUGAAUACCGCAUUCAUUCUAAAUCCAGCUUCAGAUCCAACAAGCAAGAUGAAUGGGUGGUUUGCCGAGUGUUCCGCAAGAGUGCUGGUGCAAAGAAGUACCCAUCUUCCAACCACACCAGAGCAGUGAAUUCUUAUAAUCUUGAAGUUGGUCCAAGCAUCGUGCCACAACCAAUGAUGCACUUGGCAGAUCAUGCUUCUCAUCACUUCUUUUAUGGAAGAAAUUACAUGAUGAGUAGUGCAGAGCUAGCUGAAGUCACAAGGGUCUUAAGAAGUGGUGGAUCAAACAGUGUUAAUCUACCAAUGCAAUCCCAUCUGAACAAUCCGAUAGGAGGAGGAGGAGGAGGAUUCACCAUUUCAGGCCUUAAUUUGAAUCUAGGGGGUGGAACAGUGCCUUCAACACAACCCAUCUUGAGGCCAAUAAUGCCUCUACCUCAGCCAUCUCCUACUCACACAGUGCCUCAUCAAGUGCAUGAUUUCGGUUCCAACAUGAUCACAGCCAAUGCUCUUGCUUCAGAAAAUGUAGGGUAUGGUGCAGACAUGAGCAAUGCAAAUCCUCACGGCAAUAGGUACAUGCCCAUGGACCAUGUCAUGGAUCUAGAUAAUUACUGGCCUUCCUACUAA